AGAUCACAUGACUACCGUUGUACUUCCUCAAACAUUGGUGUUUGCAGCGGGGCGUGAAGUUGUGCAGCAGCUUACAUAGAAGAUUUAGUUUAUUUUAUGACACGAUGCCUCGUUUAAACUUGACUCCUGAACAACGACGCGUUUGUGACAGAAACCCAACUGGAUAAGGUUCGUGUUGCUGUGUGGGAAUGGGUUAUCUCCCUCGCUGGUCCACAUGGAGAAUAAAGGGAGCGACGAGGUGGAAAAACUGAAGACUAAAUUCAUGUCAGCGUGGCACAAUGUGAAAUACAGUUGGGCUCUCAAACUCAAGACAUCAUUCAGUAGAGAUUCUCCAGUGUUCCUUCUGGGGAAGUGUUACCAUUUCAAAGCUGAAGAUGACGACUGCUUUUCUCAAACCAGCUGUGAAGCUUCUGGUGAGGACUGUGCCACGGGGAACGUAGAGGCUUUUCGAAAGGAUUUUGCGUCCCGAGUGUGGCUGACCUACCGGGAAGAUUUCGCUCCUCUCCCAGGCAGCACCCUGACCUCUGACUGUGGGUGGGGCUGCAUGCUGAGGGCUGGACAAAUGAUGCUGGCUCAAGCUCUUGUGCUGCACUUUUUGGGCAGAGAAUGGACGUGGUCAGAGGCGCUCACCCUUCAGCCUUUAGACACAGAAACAUGGACCGCCACUGCAGCAAAGCGUCUCGUCACCUCUCUGGAGGCUUCUCUGCAGGGUGCCAUGAGGACCUCUGACAGCAAACCAUCUCCUGCACCUUCAGGCCAAAAUCCAGGAUCAGCGGAGGAGGCGGAUGCACAUCUGAAGGAGAUGAACCACCGCACUCUGGUCUCCUGGUUCGGGGACACCUCCUCAGCUCCACUGGGUCUGCACCGAUUUGUGUAUUUAGGACAAACAAUGGGAAAGCAGGCAGGGGACUGGUAUGGCCCAUCCGUGGUGGCUCACAUCCUCAAGAAAGCCGUCAAAAAAGCGAUGGACCCUGGCUUGGCGGGUAUAACUGCCUACGUCUCCCAGGACUGCACAGUUUACAGUGCUGAUGUGCUGGACUGCCACAAGGCGCCCAGAGCAGGAGAGACUCCCGAUGACACGCCAAGAAACGGACCAGCGCCGCAGCCCACGCCGCCAAACAACCGCGCCGUCGUCAUCCUCGUUCCUGUGAGGCUGGGAGGAGAGAGGACAAAUCCGGUGUAUUUUGAGUUUGCAAAGAGCGUACUGAGUCUGGAGUACUGCAUAGGCAUCAUCGGAGGAAAGCCCAAACAGGCCUGCUACUUCGUGGGAUUUCAAGACGACAGCUUGAUUUACAUGGAUCCUCAUUACUGUCAGUCUUUUGUGAAUGUCAGCAGCAGCGACUUCUCUCUGCAGUCGUUUCAUUGCCCCUCACCAAAGAAGAUGCCUUUUAGCAAAAUGGAUCCAAGUUGCACUAUUGGCUUUUAUUCCAGAAGUGCUGAAGACUACGAGAGAAUCAGUGAGGAGCUGUCCAAGUUGCUGCAGCCGUCCGCAAAGGAGAAAUACCCAGCGUUCACUUUCAUGCAAGGUCACAGCAGAGAUUACGACCUGUCGGCGGGCCUGAACCCGGGGAAGCGAGAGUGGCCCUUCAUCCGAGACAAGCCGAGGAUCGUCACCACCGCAGGGGACUUCGUGCUGCUCUGACGGCCCGCCUUAAAUGGGGAACUGGAACUGAAAUCUACACGCACACACACACACACAUUUAGUGACUCUUUAACAUUAAUCCAGAUUUUACAUCUGGUUAGAUUUUUGUGGCCUGGCGAUGCGAACAGACAAAAAAAUCAGGAACUUAUCAGAUUUUCACGCUGCUCCACUGAAUCUGACUGUAUGUUUUUAUUAUUAUAGUAGCAUUAAAAUAACACUUUAUAUGUCAUUACUUCUGCUUUUGUAGUUCAGACGUUUCUACAAUCUUGUCUGGGGCCUCAUUUGUAAAAAAAAAAAAAAAAAAAAAAUAUUUGUUCAUCAGAAGAAAUCAAAUUUACGUGUUUUUUAAUUUUUUUAUUUCUGUGUCAGGAUGCACUCUAGACACCGAGUGAUUUCCUACUGGUAAUAAUUUCAGGGCUUUUUUUUAAGAGAAACCUGCAUCAAAGCUUGUUUUAGAAUAUUCAUUAACUCCACAAAUGAAGUGAAUAGUUAAAAUCGUCAAAAGUUAAAAGAGGAUGUAAUGCACCGCGCAUUUCAGCUUUUUAGCUUUGAUUCAUGACCUUAAAUGAGAUUCUUAGACAUCUCUAAGCUCCGUUCCUUUAGGCUCAUCAUUAUUUAUAUACUAAAUGUUUACACUGCAAAAACCGAUUUCUAAGAAAGUAAAAAAAGUGUCAUUUUUAAAUUUCUUAUCUUAUUUUUUGUCUAAAAAGAAAAUGAGUUAUUCUCAAGAAAAAUAGCAUUACUUAAAAUAAGAUAAAUAUGAUAAAAAUGGUCUUGUUUGGAGUAAACAUCUGCCAGUGGACUAGCUGGAAUUCUUUAAACCAGCAAAUAAAUCAAAAUUUAGAUCAUUUUGCUAUUUUAAAGAGUUCUAGCGACUAGUAGCAACUUUUGCUUACUCCACUGGUGGAUUGUUUUUUUUAGAGGAUUAUGAUAUGGUUAUGAUUAUAUGAUUUUUAAGAUUCUUUACCUUAUUUUACAUAAUAUUAUUUUUCUAGAGAUUUUUUUCCCUUUUUGGGCCAAAAAUAAGAUAAAAUGUCUAAAAAUUGGUUGUUUUUAAAUCAGUUUUUGCAGUGUAGAAGCUGUUUAAAGAAAAAGUGCAAGUUUAAAUCAAAGCAUUAUUCUUUUUUUUUGUAAACGAGGCUCUGGGAUUUCACUAAUUUAUGUAAAAAGACCUCCACUGGUCUCGGAUCAGUAUUACCUAUCUGAAGUUUGCCCAUUGAUCCUCACCUGGAGUAUUUAAAAUCCUUUUUGUCUAACACCUUUCUAGCGUAUUUCUGAAAAUUUGUGAACUUUUUGUUGAGGUAGAAUUUUCACAGUUAAGCACAAUUUUCACCCGAGUGGCAGGAUGUGUGUUUGUUUGCGUACACGGAGCCUGGAUGAGUCAAAGCGGCGAAACUGCCACGAGCUGCACUCUAUUGAGAUUUAUCUUGAGUAAAAUCACUUCUGUCAAAUUCAUGAAACAUGCAAAUCGAUGGUUUGCCCAAAUGUGCAUUUUUCAGCUGCUGUUGCAACAUCUUUGCAACAGUCUGCAAAAGUCUGCAAAAGUCUUUGACACAUGUUCUGAUUUGUUCCUAUGCUCCAACAUUGAGAUGAAGAAGAUCUGUUACUGUGCAAUAAUUAAAAUGAACAAAUAAUACACAAAUGCAUCAGUCGAGCACUUUUCUGCGUCACACACUGUAAGUCAUUUUCAUUUGUUUAAACUAACGUGCCCUUAAUAAAAAGUUUUAACGCUGUCGAGCU